CUUCCCAUCAUCCGGUGAUUACAGACACCUGGGCUGGGGCACAAAGAACAAGAACAUGGCCAGCCUGAAGACCCCGCUCCUGGCUGCCCUUGUCUUUCUUGCUCUGACACUUCAAGCAACUGAGGCAGGUCCUUAUGGCGCCAACGUGGAAGACAGUAUCUGUUGCCGGGACUACUUCCGUCACCCUCUGCCUCCGCGCAUGCUGAAGUUUUUCUACUGGACCUCAGACUCGUGCCGGAGGCCUGGCGUGGUCUUCCUAACUGUCAAGGACCGGGAGAUCUGUGCUGACCCCAGAAUGCCCUGGGUGAAGAAGAUUCUCCAGAAACUGGACUCAUGAGGACUCAUGGGCUUGGCUUGUCCAGAAAGGCUCACAGAACCCCACCUCCUGGCCAUUACAGCUGCCCCCCAACACAAGCCUGUGCCAACGAGUCUCUCCACCAUCUUUUAUCUCUGUCCCCCUGAAGCUGUCAUCCUCAGACAAGCCUCCAUACUGUCACUUAAUUCCCCUCUUAUCCUUCCAAACCAUCCUCUGCCCCACCACCAUAGCCAGAGAGGCCACAAUCCUGCUCAGUCACUCCCUGGCUCAAAACCCUCCCAUGGCUCCCCAUUUUUGCCCCAGGCUGAGGUGAAAGCUCGGGAGCCUGGCACCCCUGCCUCUAGCCCUGCCUCACUUCCCUUCACGCAUAUUGGACUCCAGCUCCCUGUUUUCCAAACUCAUGCUGUACACAUCCACUUCCAGGUCUUUCUCCAGGCUGCUCCAGAUGCCCAGAAUGUCUCUCCAUCACCUAUGUGUGUCCAACCCUCCCGGCCCUCCAAGGCAUUGCACAACCCAAGCAGCAAGCAAUUGAGUUUUAUUUUUCAGAUGUCCCCUGACCCUCUGCCCUCUCUUAACAGCCCCGAUCAGUCUGCCCAGAAUUCUCGGGACUUGGGGGCUUGUCCUUCAGCCCCACUGGCUAGACCAAGGUCCCACAUCUGAGUUACUUUGUCUCCUGGCCUCUAACACAGAGCACAGGGCCUGGCUCAGAAUCAGGGCUCAAUGAAUGGCUAGAGGCUGAAUCGAUAAAAGUAAUGUUCCUCUCCCAGCUCUCAACCCCCAAAGACCCUCACACAUCAAUACAGAGACUCAAGUUCAUCUAGAAAGCAGCCAGCUGAGUCAACUGUGAAGCCUCAAAUUUGCCCAGAUUCACCUUUCUUCCCCAUUUUAUUUUUAUGUGUCACCUCUUUACUCCUCUUAUUUCCCUCUGGUCUUGACUGCUCCUCCAACCUCCAACACCCAGGUUUGACCUCUUCAGAGUCCCCCACUUUCCCUUUCUUUUUCCCAAAUAACAGUAACCAAAUUUUCGCUAUGGUGUGAAUGACUACCCUUGGCUUGGUAUUAACAAACUCUAGCUGUAUUUUUAUAAGAAAAGAGGGCAAAUGCUUAAGAGGCCAAGUGGAUGAAUGGAAGAAUUUUAAGAACUGUGUGGGAGGGGGACAAGGCGGAGCUUUUCUGGCCCUGGGAGUGUGCGGGGCAUAGUUAAAUGAAAGAGCCUUGGGUGAAGAUUUGGCAGGGGUCAGCAUAGGGACUGGGAUUUGGGGCUUAUCUGCACUUCCUUGGGGAACGUAGAUUCACCAGGCAAAAGAAAUAAACUUUAUAAGUGCUUGUUUCUUUCCGAGGGGGCCUGGGGUGGUGCAGCAGGGUGGUCGUUGCUCGGGGAUUCUGAGACCAUUGAACCUCUCCGAGCCUCACUUGAGAAUGGGAAUACCCAUCUUAUGGGGUGGCUGCGGGACUUAGGUCCAAGACAUGGGGAAUAAAACUCUUCCCUGGAGUGCUAACCUGCCCACUGCCCGUGCAUAGGGCCCUCCAGCAUCCUGGGAUUUCCCCUCCCCUCCUGUCCUGCCCGUGUCGCUCAGGCCUUCUGAAAAAAU